AGCCAGUAUUUGCAUGUAAAAAGACUGAAGUCACGGAAAACUUAAUUAUUUCAAAAUCAAAUACACUAAUUGGUCAGGAUUACAGUAUGAGAGAAGGGAUGCAUUUGGAAGGUACCACACAGGGCUGGAAAUGGGAAUACGUUUGGAAAACUGGCAUUUUUUAAAAGCCGAUGGUGGGGCUACAGAGUUGAACAAGUUGAGAGACAAGUUUGGCCAAACUGCAUGGGUGAGAAUCGAGCGGAAUCGAAGAGGGGAAAGUGCUGAAAGGUCAGAAUGCAAUGUUUUCUCGCUUGGAUUAGCCUUUAAUUCGUCUGUUUUCGCGUAAAAAAUCGCCUCCGUCUUUAUUUAUUUUCAUACAAGUCCCUCCAGCAAGUAACUAACUGGGUAAAUGGGGGGCUGAGGCAGCUUUCUGCAUUAUCACGGAAGAAAAACUGCCACUUUAUCAAUGAAAUAAAAGGUAGAGAGAAACAAAAGAGGGGCAUGCACAAUGGCAGAGAAAGAGAAGGAGAAGAAGGUAGCAGUGUACAGAAGCGUUUCUUUCAAAAAGCUGGAAAGCUGGAGUGCAAAUAAAACUCAGUCUGGGUCCGAGGAUCACCAGCACAAAUCAAAAGAUUUGGAGAGGAGCGCCCUUCCCCCUCCACCAACAGAAGCAGCAGCAGAGAAAGCGCAGCUCAAGCCUGCGCGGUAUGUUCGUGCUUCAAGAAAAGUUUCCAAAAUUUCGGCAGCCAGCCUGUCGACCGCAGAGCUAAAGAAAGGCACUCGUUCUGUGUCUCCCUCUAUACGCCAGCUCUCAGAGAAGUUUAGUUCUAACACGGGGCAUGCUCACGCUUCGACUUCUGUCAAUAGUGGAGUCUUGAAAAGUAUAACUCAGACAAGAAGUAAAUUUAAAGACGAGGGGCUACCGUCACAGAAGCUGCUUUUGGAAGACAGUGGUUAUUUGCCAGCUCACGAUAAAGAUUUAUUAGAGUCUUCCACAGAUAAAGCUGAGGACCAAAGUUUUUCUGUCUGUGGGUCCGUUUCAAGCUCUGACACGGAGAGAAGUCAAGGACGGAUAACUCGCGCAACCGCGGGUUUGGCUGCCAGCGGUGCAGGUAAGAGACAUUAUUCGCAGAUCACUUCAGCUCAUUCCGAUUGCAAUAAGAUUGUAACAGCCGAGGAUGAGGCUUUUGUCCCGGGGACUCCUGUUUGCAAAUCACAGCGUGGCUACGUUACAGCCCAUGGCGACACUAUUCAUGUUGACUUAACUAACUGGCCGAGUGUCACUAAAAUAAGAGAGUUAUUCGGAGACGGUAACAGAAAACAGUACAGACCAACUUCUGACUCUGACGACUUAAAAUCUGCAAGUCAUCAAGCUGAUAGAGUGAAAGAGACCACACUCACAGAUAGAGGGGAAGGACACUCGCCCCUGCUGCCAAGAACUUGGCAAGAUGUCAACAGUGCUGACCAUGAUAUCAAUGUGUCCUCUGUGGAGAGACAAGGGGCUAUUCUGAGUAGCAACGAGAGUAGAUACCAGGAUAUGGACUUUGCUUUUAGCACUGAACAGUCUGAUGAAACUGUAUUAAGCGACAGCAGCAGAAGCAGUCUGCACAGGGAGCAGCUGCCCCAUGCUCGCAGAGCGCAGAGCCCUAGCAGCAGGGAGCCUGUUGAAAAGUGGACAGUGAAGUUAAACAGUGACCCCAAGCCCCCUCCCCCUGCGCCCCCGCCCCGCAGCAGCUCCAUUGCUCUACCUCUCAGGACACACUCCUUUGCCUCUGGUCGGCAGCCGCAAAAACGAGAAGCAAGACAGCCAUCAGAUAGUUUACAUUCCUGGCAUAGCUCUUCCAGACCGCAGGCUGCCCCCUCUGCAGCACCAGCCGGUGCGAGACUCAGCUCCGGUGAGGAGGAGGACAGCGCGGGAAGGCGCAGCAGGGGAGCCAGGAGCGGCCUCCCCUUAGUCCGCGGAGGUGCCUCCUUCUCCAGAAACAGCAAGAAUGGGUCCUGGGCCGUGCCGCCAGGGAGGUCGUCAGGCAGCGAAGAGGACAGUCCAGUGCCACUAGCCCACAGCCGCGACAACGUGAGACGCAGGUCCCUGAGGAAGAAGAAGAAGAGCAGCGCUGUUGUGGGGGUCAGCAGAGAUGACGACGGGGAUUCGGAUGACAGUGACAGCACGCCUGUGAUGGAGCAAUUUGAGCGGCACCAACAGACUGGUGAUUCGGAGCAGCCAGGCCGCAGGUCGGAGGGGCCCAGAUCCAGACCGACUUUCGGGGGCCAGACCUGGGAGCGUGGAUAUCCGCAGGGCUCCUUGGGACCAGACGGUUACAGGCGACAUUACAGAGGGGCAUCAGACGGUGCCAUUGUCUCUUCUGGCUCCACCCCUGUCCCUGUGGUGUCCAGGGUGUCAAAGGUCAACAUUUCUUCAUUUAUUUCCAGCCCCAGUGGGUCGAGGAGCAGCAGCAGGUACUCCAGCACGGAGACACUGAAGGAGGAAGACCAGCCCUGUCCUGCUGGCAGCACGGCAGCCGGUGCCUCCUCUGUGAUGAGUAAAACCUACCAUGGCAACUUCACCAUGUACCGGUCGCCCAGCUUUGGCCAUGGGGACAACUUUUCCAGAGCCCCGGUCCGUGUCCGCCCGAGGCUGCCGUUUAACACUGGGUCCACUGAGGGAGCUGGUCUUGACUGCAGUGGGUAUCGGCGUUCUCUCAGCAGCGAAAAGGACAAGCAGAGGAUGUCCAUGUCUAACCCAGACAUCGCCUCAGAGACACUCACGCUUCUCACCUUCCUCAAAACAGACCUGUCCGAGCUCAGGGUUCGUAAGAAGGGGGGCACUGGGGCAGAUCAAAAUGAAGACAGCUGCGGCUUGAACUCUGGUUACCACGGCACUGCAGGCACCUCCUCGGUGUACAGGAUGGGAUCCAGGUCCCAGGGCUACCCCCACAGGCGCCCAUCACUCAAGGAUCUCACGGCUACUCUGAGACGUGCCAAGUCAUUCACCUACUCUGAAAAGCCACAAGGGCGGCGACAGUCCUCCAGCAGUGGGGCAAAAAGGAGCUCCUCCGAGCUCCGUCUGGACCAGUCUGGGGAUGGGGAGGUGGUGGUGUCCGACAGAGAGGUGGAGAGCGAUGACUGUCAGAGGAGCUAUGGCUAUGAGGAGCUGAUGCCCACACCCCUGCAGGACCGAUACGUGCAGGAGGCCCAGCAGGUCAUCAGGGACAUCUGUCAGAUGGGUGCCCAGGGUGACUCAUUAGACAUGGAGUAUGAAGACAAAGGAAAGAAGUUCAGACGGAAAGAGGAUGAGAAGGCAGCAGCGGAAGAGGCAGAGGAUGAAGCACAAAAGGAGAAUAGGAGGAGCGGGCUGUCACAGAAAGUGAUUGAUGCUCCUUUUUCAGGUGAGGGGAUAGAAAGUGAAAAGUGUUUGAGGAAAGGUGAAUCGGAUGAGAAUGUGUCUUAUGAUAAAUCAGUGGACGAACUGUCUGGACACGAGUCCAGUUUGACAGACGAAGGAAUUGUUACAGAACCAGAGAGCGGAUCAUGCAGGGGAUCAUUAAACAAAGACAUUUUGGGCCAACCGCUGACAGUGUGGAAGCAGUCUGGUCUGUAUGAGGAGCAGGGGCGAGGUGUGAAUCCAGAGAAAGUGUCUGUCCCUCCGGUCCUGGCUGUGAAGACAGAGUAUGAGGGCGUUGCGAUUGUGGGGGAAUCAGGCAGUGGCAGGCAUGUGACCCAGGGACCACUGGAAGCCCCCUCCACACCUAGUGCUAUUCGGCGGCGGAGGAAAUUCUCCUCUGCGGGAAACAAUGGCUCGGACUCCAGCAACGGGAGUAACUGCGAAUCGAACGGGGAGACAUACCGCUCCCUCAGCGACCCUAUGCCGCACUGUCGGCGCUCCAUCGCUGAGGACACCAAGAGCUUCUCUGUGGACAGCAACCUCCUGGGUUCCCUCUCCCUGAGCUCCAAGAGCGGCAUCCCGGAGCCGUCGGCCGCCGACCUGUCCGAGUGCACGGGCAGCGCUGCCAGUGACCUGUCGGUGUGCAGCGACGGGCUGAGGGACUACAGCACCGUCAUCCAGAGCAUCGUGCGGGAGCCCGGCACCAUGGACAAGCUGAUCGACGAGAAGGCCAACGGCAAAGCAGUGAAGAAGAAGUCCUUCAGUGACCCCAGCCGGCGGGGCGAGUCCUCGGACGGGCCCGGGUUCAAAGGGCCAAGCGAGCCCAUCAGCGAGCUGGAGCAGGCCAUCCCCCCCUCCAGCAGCGAGCCCAUCCUGUCGGAGCAAAGGGAUGAGCUGGGAGAGCUGGAAGAGCGACGGCGGCCUGGGGGGAAGCCCCGGUCGCAGUCGGAGCGUGCUCUCCCCUCACACCUGGAGCAGGAGGUGACGGAGGGGGCGCCGUGCUUCCCCUUUGACCCCAAGCUUGCAGAGGUCCUUUCGCCUCGAGCAAGCCGCCGCAGCUCCAAGAAGCGCAGCAACCGGGCGACGCACCAGCAGCUGUCCGACCCGGAGCAGCAGGUGGGGCAGCCGGCAGAGCUGCAGCAGCAGCCCCCGCAGCACCUGCUCAGACCCCGGCCCAAGCACGUGCGCCACGCCAGCGAGCCUGCCACGUUCCUACCCAUCAUGCCACCAGAGAGGCACCUGCCCCAGUGUCAGUCGGUGCCCGUCAGUGCCCAAGAGCCCUCACUCCCCACCGUGCACAAGCCCUACCAGGCUGGCCAGGCCCCCUCACUAGAGGAUGUCACCAAGCAGUACAUACUGACCCUGAAUACCGCCGAUGCACCUGCUGCCAUCGCCCCUGAGCCCUCCAGGUCUACCCCUGCCACCCCAACCACAGGGGAGCCCAGGCUCCCAAAGAAGAUCAACGAGGACGUGGCGCCGGCACCAAUUAAGACCAAGCCUGUAGUGGAUAUGAGAAGACAUGUCAUGAUGACCCUUCUCGACACGGAACAGUCCUACGUGGAGUCCCUUCGCACUUUAAUCCAGAGUUACAUGAAGCCCUUGAAGCACCCUGAGAAUUCCCCCCUGUGUGACCCCUCUCUGGUGGAUGAGAUGUUCUACCAGAUCCCUGAGAUCCUGGAGCACCAUGAGCAGUUCUUGGAGCAGAUCCUCGGAUGUGUCAACGACUGGCACGACCGGCAAACUGUCGGCCAGCUGCUCAUCGAAUCGUUCUCCAAGGAGAUUCUAGCGAAUAUUUAUUCCGCGUACAUCGACAACUUCCUGAACGCGAAAGACGCAGUGAGGAUCGCCAAGGAGGCCAAGCCCGCCUUCCUGAAGUUUCUGGAGCAAAGUAUGAGGGAGAACAAGGAGAAGCAGGCACUGGCUGACCUCAUGAUCAAACCUGUGCAGAGGAUCCCACGAUACGAGCUGCUGGUGAAGGACCUCCUGAAACACACACCUGAGGACCACCCAGACCACCUGUUCCUGCUGGAUGCGCAGAAGAACAUCAAGCGUUUGGCGGAACGCAUCAACAAGGGCCGUCGCAGUGCGGAAGAGGUGGAGCGGGAGACUCGCGUCAUGCAGGAAAUCGAGGCCCACAUUGAGGGCGUAGAACACAUUCUUAACCCCCCGAGGAAGUUCCUGAGACAAGAGAUGGUGGUGGAGGUGAAAACGGUGGGGGGGAAGAAGGACCGCUCCCUCUUCUUGUUCACUGACCUGCUCAUCUGCACCACUCUGAAGCGCAAGUCCGGCUCCCUGCGACGCAGCUCCAUGAGCCUAUACACAGCAGCCAGCGUCAUUGACACCGCAAGUAAAUACAAGUUCUUGUGGAAACUGCCACUGGAAGAAGUUGAAAUGGUUAAAGGUUCCUCUCAGGCUGCCAACCGUGAGAACAUCCAGAAGACCAUCGGUCGCUUGGACGAGGACCUGAGCACCCUGGGCCAAAUCAGCAAGCUGUCCGAGACUCUCAGCUUCCCACACCAGAGCCUGGACGACGUGAUCAAGGACCUGAUGGCGUCGGUCCACCGCGAGCUGGCGGAGAAGCAGUCCCUGGCCUUCAGCAUGACGUUCCUGCCCACCAAGGUGGAGCUGACCACCGCCUCCGCGGAGAGCACCUUCGUCUUCGAGUUCAGCAGCCCCGACGCCCGCAGCAACUUCGAGCAGGCCUUCGAGGACGCCAAGAAAAAACUCGCUAUGAACAAAGACCACUGGGACCCUGAGUUCCUGAAAGCCAUUCCUAUCAUGAAGACACGCAGUGGGAUGCAGUUCUCCUGCGCCUCCCCAAGCCACAGCUGCCCGGAGAACACGUACGAGGUGUGGGUGUGCAACAGCGACGGCUACGUGGGGCAGGUGUGCCUUCUUAACAUCCGGGACGAGCCCACGGUGGAGGCCUGCAUCGCCGUCUGCUCCGCCCGCAUCAUCUGCAUCGCAGCUGUGCCAGGCCUGAAGGGCAGGGAGCGUGUGGAGGCAGCUCUGAGUGCCCCGCCCACUGAGCACGCCCCCACCCCUCCGGCUCAGCAGCAGCUCCACAUCUCCAUAUCUGGGUCUCUGGAGCUGUCAGAGCCCCAGGGGGGUGCAGGGCGGGAGCUCGUCCCCUUCGACAGCGAUGACACGGACGAUGAAGAUUCCCCCAGCCCCUCCUCCACCCUGCAGAGCCAGACCAGCCACUCCACCAUCUCCUCCAGCUUUGGCAUUGACGAGGGCGCUGGCUCCAAAGACAUGGCGACGGAGACGACUAGCUCGGAGGAGGAGCAGGAGUUCCCGGUGUCCAGCUCCUACGGGCCGCCGCGGCUCAGCAGCGACAGCCCCAUGGACGGCCGCGCCAUGCGCCGCUCCAGCCGAGGCUCCUUCACCCGCGCCAGCCUGGAGGACCUGCUCAGCAUCGACCCCGAGGCCUACCAGAGCUCCGUGUGGCUGGGCACCGAGGACGGCUGCAUACAUGUUUACCAAUCGUCAGACAACAUCCGAAACAGGAAGAACAGCAUGAAGAUGCAGCACUCGGCCUCCAUUUUGUGCAUCCUAUACCUUGACAACAAAGUGUUUGUGUCUCUGGCCAAUGGCGAGGUCAUCGUUUAUCAAAGAGAAGCAGGGAGUUUCUGGGACGCCCAGAGCUCACAGACCUUGUGUCUGGGGACCCCCGGCAGUCCCGUGACAAAGAUGGUGCCGGUGGCUGGAAAGCUGUGGUGUGGCUGCCAGAACCGGGUCCUGAUCAUUAACACCAUCACGCUGGCACAGGAGCACUCGUUCCAGGUGGGCCAGGACAGCAGCAGGUGUGUGACCAGCAUGGUCAGCUACGGACAGGGCAUGUGGAUCGCUCUCCAGGGCAGCGCCCAGGUGCGCCUCUACCACGCCACCACCUUUGAGAGUCUCACCGAAGUGGACGUGGCGCCCGCCGUGCACAAGAUGCUCGCAGGUUCAGAUGCUAUCAUCCGGCAGCACAAAGCAGCUUGCCUGCGCAUCACAGCGCUGCUAGCCUGCAAGGACCUGCUGUGGAUUGGCACCAGUGCCGGGGUGGUCCUGACCCUGGCCAUCCCGCCGAUCCUGUCCAGCACCAGCUCUGGAUCGUUACGCGCCCCGCUCACCCCCAUGGGUUCCGCACACGGCCACACGGGGCACGUGCGCUUCCUCACCUCUAUCGAGCUGCCCGAGGGCUUCAACGUGAACUUCCCCCUGCCGGCAGAGCCAGGUAACCCAGCCCAGAGCGGGGAGGCUGCCAGCUCAGGCCUGCAGAAGCGGGACUCGGCUCGCCGACGCACCUCCACCAUCCUCCCGGUAAAGUCCAACCUCCUAGUCAUCAGCGGGGGCGACGGGUACGAGGACUUCCGGCUGACCAAUAGCAGCGAGACGGUGGGGCGGGACGACAGCACCAAUCACUUGCUGCUGUGGAGAGUUUGAGCCCUGCCCUUAAACCUCCCCUCCAAGAGGCUCCCUCUAACCCCAACCCCUCUUUACUGUAAAUGUCUUCUGCUCGGACAUCUGGUCUCUAUGUGCAUGGGUAUUACCUAACACAAAAAAAGGAGUUGCUUCAAGCCAGGUCUUCAGUUCAGUUCUUGUUUCAUUCCGAUUGGUUGUGUUGUUUCUGUUGAAUUUAUUUUCAUUUGUUUUUUUUUUCUGUUUUUUUUCUGUUAUUUUUUUGUUUUGUUUUGAUUUUGUUUCAGAGCUUUUUCCGAUUUUGGUGUAAGACGUGAAUCUCGCUGAGCUUGUGUUGUCCCCUGUUGCCUGUGUCAUGGUCAGACUGUCUGGACUCUGAGCAGAUGGGGAAUCUGAGAGUGGGGAAAAUGAAAAAGGAAGUGGGAGAAAAACACGCUUGGCUGAAAAGCACCAUCUGAACUGUGUUGGUUAUUGAACAGUGUUCUGUGGCGUUGGCCUUCUCAUGUUUCCCCCGUUGGUUUGUCACCUCUCGGUUUUUCACUCUGGCUUCCUGCGCUCUAAAAUAAGGCCUGCCUUUCAGUUGCUAAGGCUGCUAAGUCAUUGCACUUUGCGGAGCCUCUGGAGGUAUGAAGAGUCAGUGAUGACCAGAUGUCCUGAAUCUAACCGUGGGAGGUCAAAAGAGUGAGCAAGAGACCGAAAGAGAGCAGAUGAGGCGUUAGUAUAUCCAAGGGCAUUGUGUGUAAGGCUGAAUGGGAGGUGAUUCACUGGGUGAAGCAAAACUCUGGGGUGACUAAUGCUUCGUUUUGGCUAUCAGUCCCACACUUUCCCAUAUGCAGUUGAUGGUGUGACCACUGCUGUUCUUGUCACACUGUGUUCUGUCUCUGGGAAUGAAGAUGCUUUUCUUUAGUCUCUCUGAUUAUUUUGUUAAAAAGAGUAAUAAGAAAGUAACAAAAAAAAACAAUGUGCAAUAUAUGGCAAGGGUACCUACUAAGACAAUGUUACAUAUACUUCAGUGCUUGUCUGCAAGAAUACAGCUAGCCUUUCCAUAAUCAGAAUCACAUUCAGGUUUAUGACACCUUAUCACUUUAUGCUUUCGUUAAUUUUUGUUUUAAGAAUUAUAUUACACACCCCACUACUAAAAAAAUCUGUUUUGGUAUGUAUCAGUAAUCCUUUUGUAUAGUAUUUAUGUUUUAAUUUUAGUUAUCUUUUUACAGCACUUAAUUUAUAUGUUUAUUUUUCCCCUUGCUGAGAGAGCAUGACACUGCCAAAAUGAGUUGACGUGGGGGUGUAGGGGGGUGUAAAAUCUCCCAUUGACAAAUGGCAGCUUUCCGCAGUUCUAACAGACUCUGUUUAUUGUGUUUCGCACCCUAUAUAAUCCCUCAGUCACUAGUUAUUACUCACCUUCCUGGCGUCGGACACACAGGCAUUAUUUUGGCCUAAAAGUGGUGAGUUUGUGCUUUUGUGUACGUUCGUAAAGCUGUGCGAUAGAAAGGAUGAGUAUUUCUGUCAUGUCCGUGUAUGUUGGUGUAUUGCAUGCAGGCACGUAUCAGUGUGUGUAUUUAUGUGGAUGAAUGUGAGAGGGAGUGUAUGUGUGCGUUUGUGUAUUUGUGUGUGCUCAUGUGUGUCCAUGGCCAGAUGGCUGUGUAUUAGAGGCCCUCAGCUUGUUCUGUCCAUGUGUUUGGAGGAAACUUCCUUAAGCCCUUAAUUUGUAUGACCUGCAGCUGGUGUAGGUAAGCCUCCUUCAUAGUGGAGAAGACAGCCUCUGCCACAAUGGUUUUCUUCCGUCAGAUGGCCCCGACCUAACCUCCAGUUUUCCCCCAGUAAGACUUAGAUCCUUUUAUAAGGUGCGGGUUGAUUUUCUUUCAUGGUGUCUAGGCAGUGCUUCUGUGGGCAUCGCCAAAACCACCAGUUGAGAUCAGUACACACAUACACACAUGCAUGCAUGCGUAUGUGUGCCCAUACACAGAAGUGGUUUGAUUGCAACAUUACAAAGCUUUGACCCAGUGCCUUUUUGUUAGGUGGCCUAAAAGUACCCAAGCACGUCAUUUUCAACAAACCUUAUUUAGUCUUAGAGAGCAGCACGAAGCAAGGCAAAAGUCAGUCAGCGGCAAAAGCGAUGGUAGAGCGGGCUUUUUUUCUGAUCAGUCCAUACUUCCUGCAAACUUGUGGCUCUGUAGAUGUUGGGCAAGCAGCCUCUGUGUUGUACUUUGGUAUAGUCCUACAGUAGAGUGACAACUCUUGUCUUAGGUGUGAGAUUGUUCAGUUUAUCUUUGACUCUAGGUUCUUUCGCUUCUUUGUACAACAGUUUUGCUGUGACUUUUGUGUGACUUUUGGAGAAGGAAAAAAAUGAAUUCCUCGUUCCCAGGUCAUCUUUUUGAAAUUGUCUGCCUGUGACAGAGCUUUGGAUUUUCCCAUCCUGCAGGAAGGCCUGUGGCAGCAUGGGGAAGAAACGCUCUGUCCCUUCUCAUCUAAUUAACCUGCGGCAUGCUCUUAGCUUGUGUCAAAAAAACCCAGUCUGUCUUGAAUAUCAUGAAAAAUUGUAUUUGUAUAUGUAUUGCCCUCCACACACUCAGCCUCACACUGUAUUUUCUUUCUGUUCAACUAGGAAUUUUGACAAAAGACUGACAACAUUUUUUUUGUUUGUAUUUUCAAACAAACAUCUGCUUGUCACGAAGACCACGUCAGAAUUAUUAAUGAAGUUACUAACAAAGCAUUGAUAUGCUGUGCUUAAUGGAGUGCCCCUGUGCCCCUUGACUUGUGCAGGGAGAUAACUAUUUUAGGCCUUUGCCUCUUCAUAAGCUUAGUGCUUCAGUUUAUAGAAGUAAUGAACAUAUGCCCUUGUGGUAAAUUCUUGGCUUUGGCACCCUUACGGAUUCAAAGUGUAUUUCACAAUCAAUAUGAAGUAAAAGAUAUUUGCUCAGUAUGAGUAAACUCUUCAAAACAUAAUUCAAGAGAAUGUACUGUGUAUUCUAAGAACAGACAUUAGCUCUAUUAAAAUGUAUCAACCAUGCCAAUUCAAAUCAAAGGCUGUUAUUCUAUUACAAAUAGUAACAUGUUCUUGUAAGUAGCCUUCAUGCCCAUCUGUGAAAGAAGUCCUCUCUGUGUGUAUUGUAAAUAUUGGUAUAUAUUGCCUUCUUUGUACAUAGUGCUCCCCAGUCCUCAAUUGUUGAUAUGAAUCUAAUGGCAUAUUUUUAUAUACUUGUUUAAGUUUUUUUUCUUGGGUAUAGCUCCUGUGCCAUCACAUUUAAAUUAUAACUAUUACAGUAUUUUAAAGAAGAGAGAGAAACUUUUACGCUGAGAUGCAGUUCAUAUUACAGAUGUCAUGAUUAUAUCACAUGCUUCCUGUUAUGGUUCUUUUGUCACUGUGGGUUCUUUGUAAUUAAAAAGUUCACUGGUG